UGUUUAAAAUAGUACUUACUUGGAUCCUGAGGGUCAUCUGACAGAUGUUGGCGAUCUGAGAUUGUGGAGUAGAAAGUAGAAACAAACUAUCAGAAGGGGACGACUCACCGUCAUUCUACACCGCACUCCCAUCAUCAAUACCACCGAAAUUCUCACGCCACCGUCAAACCCUUGUCCGCGGCUCCAGCUCUGCCCACCAUAAACUUACACACCACCGUGGCAUUUCCACGACCACUAUCUCCUACACCCUAAGUCCUCCGUAUAUAACGACGGACGAACCCUCUCUUAGUCCGUUUUAUCGGCGACAGUCGCACCAGUUUUCUCGCUAUCCGAGUCGCCACUUUUCGGCCAGAUUUUUCCAUUUGUAUCUAUCUGAGCACAGAGUUGUUGGUGAUCAAUCCAUAGUCACUGUAGAUUUCACCGCCUUAGCCGAUCUGCAACUAUAUUGCUUCGCUACAUAGGAAGUGUGAUUCAUUGGAGUUAUUAUAAUAAAAUAAUCUUCUUGUGUUUUCUCAUUGUAAUUAUAUAUGGGCUGAGGUUGAAAUUUCAUGGGAGGUGUAGAGGAUGAAGAACCACCCUCAAAACGUGUGAAGGUAUCCUCUGGAGAAUCGGGAGGUCUUUCUGACAGUACAUCAACUUGCUCGUUCAGUGACUCAAUGGCUCGGUCCCUGGCAUCCCAAGGGGAUGAGGAGAUGGUUGGUUCGAAAGGAGUAAUUAAAAAAGUAGAAUUUGUUCGAAUCAUAGCUGACGCAUUAUAUUCUCUUGGCUAUAAGAAGACUGGUGCACGUCUAGAGGAAGAAUCUGGAAUCCCUAUGCACUCCUCUGUGGUAAAUUUGUUUAUGCAGCAAAUUCUUGAUGGUAAUUGGGAUGAAAGCACAGCCACCUUGCAUAGAAUUGGUCUAAUGGAUGAAACUAUCAUUAAGCUAGCAUCUUUUUUAAUAAUGGAGCAGAAAUUUUUUGAACUUUUGGAUGCGGAAAAUGUCAUGGAUGCUUUGAAGACAUUGAGGACUGAGAUUGCUCCUCUUUGCAUAAAUAAUAAUAGAGUCCGUGAACUUUCUUCCUGCAUUGUAUCUCCUCCACAUCAUGUAGUUGGGGGUUUUCCCCUUCAAGGUAUUGUGAGGACGAGGUCUCGGCCAAAACUACUGGAGGAAUUGCAGAAAUUGCUUCCUCCAACAGUGAUGAUACCAGAAAGAAGGUUGGAACAUCUCGUUGAACAGGCUCUAAACUUGCAAGUAGACACUUGCAUUUUUCACAAUUCUUUAAAUAAGGAAAUGUCAUUAUUAGCUGAUCAUCAGUGUGGAAGAGACCAAAUUCCUUCUCAAACAUUACAGAUAUUGCAAGAACAUUGUGAUGAAGUCUGGUUUUUGCGCUUUUCGCAUAAUGGGAAAUACUUAGCUUCGUCAUCACGUGAUCAUUCAGCAAUUAUAUGGGAGGUUAAUGUGAAUGGUAAAGUGUCCUUGAAACAUAGAUUAUCUGGUCACCAGAAGCCUGUCUCCUAUGUUUCAUGGAGUCCUGAUGAUCAUCAGCUCCUCACCUGUGGAGUAGAGGAGGCUGUCCGACGCUGGGAUGUUUCUUCUGGUGAAUGCUUCCAUGUUUAUGAAAAAAAUGGUCUUGGUUUGUUAUCUUGUGCAUGGUCUCCCGAUGGGAAAUGUGUACUCUCUGGCAUAAAUGAUAAAAGCAUAUGCAUGUGGGAUUUGGAUGGGAAAGAGCUGGAGUGCUGGAAAGGACAGAGAACUAUUAGGAUUUCUGACUUGGAAGUUACCAGUGAUGGGAAGCGUAUCAUUACUGUUUGUAGAGAAGCAGAUAUACUAUUACUUGACCGGGAAGCAAAAAGUGAGAAAUUGAUAGAGGAGGAUCAAACAAUAACAUCAUUCUCAUUAUCCAGGGAUGAUAAGUUCUUGCUGGUUAAUCUUCUGAACCAAGAAAUCCAUCUUUGGAACAUAGAAGGUGAUGUAAAGCUUGUUGCCAAGUACAGAGGUCACAAACGUUCACGGUUCAUAGUUAGAUCCUGUUUUGGUGGACUAGAACAAUCAUUCAUAUCUAGCGGCAGUGAGGACUCUCAGAUCUAUAUAUGGCAAAGAGGCUCAGGAGAGCUCAUAGAGGCAUUGCGGGGACAUUCUGGAGCUGUUAACUGUGUUAGCUGGAAUCCAGAAAAUCCACACAUGUUGGCUUCUGCUAGUGAUGACCGUACAAUUCGAAUAUGGGGCUUGAAUCAAUUAAACAUGAAGCGAAAGGGGACACACAGCAAUGGUGUCCACUAUUGCAAUGGAGGUACUUGAAGUUUAGGAUGAGGAAAUUAAGGAAUCUUCGAUUCAAACAUUUCUUUCCAUGACCCGUGCUUUUGUGUAAAUACUUUUUACUUUCAUCUCAAGCAGACAUUUAUAACAAAGAAGCAUGUGAAUUGUGCAUCACACCCCAGUAAUAAAUUAUAUACUGGUUCUUUUCUAAUAUCUAAUGAAUGUAUUUGAUUUAUUUAUCUUAAUAUUGAUAAGAAGUUAUUCUGGAGCUGACCCAGAGACGGUCGAGGUUAUGGGAGUUUAUGGCUCAACAACAACGAUGAUAAAGAGCUGCUGAUAAUCUGACACGUUAAAAGACACUUUUGGUUAGGGAGAUAAUUUCUUCACAUAUGCCAUAUUUCUGAUCUUAAAGUUGGUGCUCUUGUGGUC